CAGUGGUUACAGGCCGACAUGUUGGAGAUGUUUCAGUGAUCGGUGAGCGCGGUGAGUCUGACGCGUGAUUAUUCAUGCGUUUUUGACGCGUGUUCACUAGAGAAAAAGUGUAUCGAAAUCGCGACGCUACAUGUGAAGUGUCGAGUGUGACAAGGCUGCUGCUCGUGCCUGGUUUACCCGGCCCAGCGAACAUGAGUUGGGGUACAGAGCUCUGGGACCAGUUCGAGAAUCUAUCCCUGCACACGCAAAAAGGGAUAGAGUUCCUCGAAAGGUAUGGCCAUUUUAUUCGCGAUCGGUGCGCCAUCGAAGUGGAGUACGCCUCGAAGCUCAGACGUCUCGUGAAGAGCUAUCAGCCGAAGAAGAAAGAGGAGGAGGAUUAUCAGUUCAGCCCCUGUCGGGCGUUCAAGAUGGAGCUGAACGAGGUGAACGAUCAGGCGGGUCAACGCGAGGUGAUCGCGGAGAACCUCCAGGCAAACGUGCUCAGGGAAUUGAACAUACUGGUGAAAGACUUCAAGGAGGAUCGUAAGAAGCACCUGCAGGAGGGCGCCCGAUUAAUGGCGACCCUGACCGGGCAGAUCGGGAAUCUGGAACGGGCGAGGAAGGCGUACGAGAAGGCCUUCCGCGAGGCGGAGAGAUCGGUCGAGAAUUAUCAGAGGGCGGACGCUGAUCUACACCUUUCGAGGGCGGAGGUCGAGAAGCAGAGAAUGAACAUGACGUUGAAGACACAGCAGAGCGAGGAGGCGAAAACGGAGUACGCGAAUCAGUUGCAGAAGACAAACGAAAUGCAGACGUUGCACUAUCACACGGCCAUGCCAGAGGUGUUUCAGCACCUUCAGGAGCUGGACGAGAAGCGAAUAAAGAACAUGCGGAAUUACAUGCUGAAGUCCGUGGAGAUCGAGAGAGCGGUGGCGCCGAUAAUCUCACAGUGUUUGGACGGUGUCGAGAAGGCGGCGAACGAGAUUAACGAGAAAGAGGACACGAUGCUGGUGAUCGAACGUUACAAGAGCGGGUUUCUGCCGCCCGGCGAUUUCCCGUUCGAGGAUUUGUCCGUGGCGAAGACCUACGACAGCAAUAGUCAGUUGUCGCAGCCGGUGAUGCAACCGAUACACAAUCAUUUGACGGCGAAGGGUACCGUUUCCGGCGGCAAAAUCAAGAAGAGGGUCGGCCUCUUCGGGAUAUUCAGUAGCAACAAGAACAACGUGCCUGGAUAUGGGGACGGGGCGAAGGAGGACUGCAGCGAUCUGCCGCCGAAUCAGCGCAAGAAGAGACUGCAACAGAGGCUCGACGAGAUCCAGGCGAAGAUCCAGCAAGAGACAGCGGCGAGGGACGGAUUGAUGAAGAUGAAGGGUGUCUACGAACAGAAUCCAGCGCUAGGCGAUCCGAUGAGCAUAGAAGGACAACUGAAUCAAUCGAGCAACAAGCUGGAUAAACUUGGCGCGGAGCUGGCAAAGUUCCAAGGUUAUCUCGAGGAAGCGAUGCGCGCUGGCGUCAGUCUGUCCAGUCCCAGCCAAGCGCCACGGAAACCGACCAGCAACGGCUCCGCAACCAGGCCAUUAAGUUCAAGAAGAUCGAGCCAUUCGGGAGGCGAGGAGAGCCUUUCAAGAUCAGCCUCGGAUUCCAGUGUGAGCAACGCGAACGCCAACCAACCGAUACACAAGAAAAGUGCACCGGGCACGCCGCAGCCCACGCACGGUUCCACGAAUAGCCCGGAAUCUGGUCUCGGUGAAUCGAGGACGUCUCUUCCUGGUAGCGGCGGCGAGGAGUAUUAUGUCGAUGAAAUUGACGCUCAACCACCGCUGGGGACCUGUCGAGCUCUUUAUCCUUUCGACGCUACCAGCGAAGGGUCCAUACCUAUGUACGAUGGGGAAGAGUUGUACAUGAUCGAGUUGGACCAAGGGGACGGCUGGACCCGAGUGCGACGCAUUUCACAGCCGAUCGAGGGCUUUGUACCUACAUCUUACAUAGAGUGCCACCUCUAUAACACUUAGCCACUACUCUUAGGACGUUAAACAAUUACGAAGUGCGGAGAGUCUGAGAGAAGAUACGGAAAAAAGGUCCUUUGUAUGCUGUUCUUGUUCAAUACGGUACAUUGAACGACCGAAGAAUAGCAGCUACCUUAUGAGAUUUCGCAGUGGAGGGUCAUGUGUUUGGCUGAUUGGCGCGCAGGAUUUUCAGGACGCUCCGUUGUCGAAUAAUCGUGGGCCUAAACGUGUUACCGAACUGUUUCCGUACGAACGUGAAUUUAUAAUUAUGUGCCAACGGGUGGUCCCGACUUGUUUGGUGAUGAUCGCGCCGCGAAACGGUAUUUAGUCAAUUACG